UGAUGUCAAAUUAUUUGAAAUUAUUUUUAUCACUUAAGAAUUAAGAUACUAGCUACUAUAUCAUAUUUUGGUUUGUAUACACUUUCACAAUAGGUAAUACUGAUGGUCCAUGUCUUUGAUGGUGAUCAUCAUUGUAUUAUCCGCUUAAAUUCAAUCAUUCUACUUGAACAUUGCUUUAUAUUUCUUUUGCAAAAAAAAAAAACAUUUGUAUUAGCAUAACAUUGUUAUUGUGGUUCACUAAGAUUUAAUAUUUUAUUGCGAACGUUGGACCAUAACUUGGUGAAUUUAGAGAUGAAAAUAAAUGUUUUAAAAAUUAUAUAUUCUAUUCAUUCCAAAAAGAUAUAUGUUCUAGAAAUUUUCUUUUCCAAAAAAUAAUGUUUCACAUUUCAAUGCAUUAGUAUGGUAAAUUGUAAAUUUAAAAAAAUAUAAUUAUGUUUUUUAAAAUCUCUAAAUUGUGGAGAAUAAAUUAGUUACGAAAAAUAAUGUGUUGAUAACUAAAAUUUUAAUUAUUUUUUAAAUAAGUGUAAAAAAAAUUUAAAACAUACAAUUUUUGAGAUAGAGAGAGUACUAUUUAAACUAUAAAUAGGAAAACAAAAGAAACUAAAAUUACUUUUGAAAACACUAGGAAAACUACUUUAUCCAAGAAAAGGGGAAAAGGGUUUGAUUCCUAAUUCCUAUUAUGCUACUCUCUAAUUUGCAAUUUAACACUAAUCCACCAAAAAAACAGGCAAAAAUAUUAUAUAAUCUUUUUCAUUAUAAUCCCGCUCGUUACCGUUCUCCGAGGCAAAAAGCUCCUUUUUCAUCAUCUUCCAAGAGAAACCAAACUCAAAACUUUUUUGUCCGGCCAUGGAUCCCGACGAUCCCACUUCAAUAAUCUUCAAAAAGAUCAGAACUUUAGAACCAGACAACGCCCCCAAACUCAUUGGCUACUUUCUAUUGCAAGACAUGGAACAAACUGAUUUGAUUCGUCUCGCUUUUGGUCCCGACACUCUCUUACACACUUUCUGUCGUCAAGCCAAAUCUCAUUUGGGUCUUUCCUCAAAACCCAUUAGUAUCCACCAGACACUGUCUCAGUCUUCUCCAAGUAAUGGGUUCUCAACAAACCCUAACCCUAACUUCGAUUCUAGACCAUUUCUUGAGGGUUCGUUGCUUGAGGAUCCGUUUGAUCCGUUUGCUAACUUGCAUAAGAGGAGUUUCUCUGCAAACGAGGCUUGUCUUGAACCAGAGGAACCAGGAUUUGGAGCCGGUUAUCGGUUUCCAGAGGCCGGUUUAGUUGAUGGUUUCGGUUCAUCUAGUGGUGAGAGCGGUUACGUUUGCUUACAGAGAGAGGAGAUGAUGAGGAUGAAGUUAGCUCAGCAACAGAGAGUGGUUCAGCUCAUGGCGCUAAGACAAGGAGAAGAAAGUGGUUACUGUUACAGUCCAAGCAGGCAUGAAAGAGAUGAUUUAGUCUCUAGACAGAUCUACUUGACAUUUCCAUCUGAAAGCUCCUUUACAGAUGCAGACGUCUCCUCUUAUUUCAGUGACUUUGGAGCUGUGGAAGAUGUGAGGAUACCAUAUCAGCAGCAAAGGAUGUAUGGGUUUGUUACUUUCUCUAAUGCUGAAACUGUGAGAACCAUAUUGGCUCGAGGCAACCCUCAUUUCAUCUGUGAGUCUCGUGUGCUUGUUAAGCCUUACAAGGAGAAAGGAAAGAUCCUUCAAAACAAGUGGCAACAGCAGCAACUUCAGCAGGUGUUGGAGAGAGGGAGCUAUUCUCCAUCUUCAAGUCCUUCUGAAAUGGAUCUCUAUGAAUGUCACUUGGGUCCAAGGAUGUUUUCAAGCAACACACAAGAGAUGAUGAGAAGGAAAGCUGAUUUACAACAUGCCAUUGAAGUAGAACCCCAAAGAAGAAGGUUCUUGGCUCUGCAAUUGCCUGGGAGGGAGAAUGAGUCUGUUCAUCAUCUCCAGCGUAGUCUUUCUAUCGGCUCUCCUUCUCAUCUCUCACCUCGGUUCAACCAUAGUCUUCUCUUUCAACCAGAAAGCAGCAUGGAAGAAACCACAGAAGGUGAUAUUCAUCUAGUACCAAACAACAACAAAAACGGAUACAGUAACAAGUUCCACAACUGGCAAGAGACGAGUCCGGAGAAAACUCUUCCUGAUAGCUUGUUUGGUUUCCCUAUUAAGUCUGAAGAAACACUCCAAACUGAGUCUGAUACCAAAGCAGAGGAAUGGGCUAGAAAGAAACAAGUGUAUUGAUUGAAAGAGACGUAAAGACUGAUAAACGAUGGAAGUAGAAGAGAAAUUGUGUGUAUAUAUACAAAAGCUGUAGGAUAUUAUGUCAUCAACAAAAAGCUAUUAGGACUAACCUCAGACAACAUAUGGAGGAUGAUCAGAUCAACACAACAAAUGGAGGAUGAUCAGAUUUUCUUUUUAUGGGCAAAAGCUGCAUCUGUUACUUUUUACCAUGAUUGUAUAAAAUGCAUGUGUGCUUUCUUGGAACUCACUUUCAAAAAAGGGUCAGUGUCACAAUUCACAAAGUCUUGACUCUUAAGGAUAAAGGUUGAACCUUGAAGACUCUAAUUU